GGGGAGAGGUCCACCUUCACCAGAGAAGGAACAAAAGCAAGGGAGAAAAAAUAAAGUGCGAGUGAAGAAGAGUGUGAAAGAAAGGAAAAAGACCCCAAAAGAAAGCCAGCGCAAAAACGGAAUGAGCAAAAAACUAAAUGGUGCAUGAAUAAUAAGGACAACUUAACACCCCCCCAGAUUUGACUUGACAAUCACUCUCUCCACUCUGCUGCUCGGUAAAAAAGAGGGGGAUCGAGGGAGAGGGCUGGCCGAGGGAAGGAGAGAGGAAGAAAAGAGCGACUAGAGAUGACGGAGUGAGGCGAUGGAGAGGAUCAGGUGAGUGACUAAUGGCAUGGAGAGAAAAACGGUACGAGACGGGUGUACAUGCUAACACGUGCACAUGAUUGGACACACAGUGCUUCACAGAGCGGUGAUGUAUUUGAUUCUGUACCACAUUAGCUCAGUGGACUGCAGCAGUGUGAUUUGUCUAUGUCAGUCUAUGGCUACUCAUUAAAUCUCUCCAACGGUGCUGAAAUCUCCAUUAGAUAUUACAGCUAUUUAUGGAGCAAAUUCCGAUCAUGUCCUUGGAGAAAAUGACUAGAUGGUAUUUUGAAAGCACUUAUACACCGAUUGACACAAUUGUGCCACACAACUUAAGACAAUUAAUUGACAAAGGGGGAUAGGUGCACGCAUGGUCUCCAAUAUUUAUUUUAUUCUUAUGUAAUUUCAAAACGUUUUUUGAUAUUGGGUACGAGUUGUAAUGUUAAGUGCAACCUAAGACUAACUUACAGUAUGCCAUAACCUGAGGAAGUUUCUAGAGAGAUCAGCUUACUAUGUAAUGCUAUUAACCUGCGACACUGAUGCGUUUGGCAAACUCUUUAAAUACAACUACACACACAGAUACCUUGUCAUUUGUGCCAGAAGACCGGGGUGCAGAGAGGACAGGACACAACCGUGUGUGCGCGCGCGCGUGUGGGAUCGAGAGUGUGUGUGCUACUCUAAAUGAAUUCAGCCGUCUCUCACUGCAGUAUUUCCGAGCUCCUACCCGCUGGCAAGGCUUCAAGCUUGCCGGCACACAGAAUGACUGGGGCCCUUGUAAACCGCAACACAGUUAUUAGAUCAACGUUUCCUAAACUCGGUCCUGGGGACCUCAACGUUUUGGUUUUUGACCUAGUACUACACAGCUGAUACAAAUAAUCAAAGCUUGAUGAUUAGUUGAUUAUUUGAAUCAGCUGUGUAGUGCUAGGGCAAAAACCAAAAUGUGCACACCUUGGGGUCCAGAGGACCGAGUUUGGGAAACGCUGUAUUAGAUCUAUCAGUCUGACCCUCAACCAGGACUGUUAGCAUAUGGCCUGGCCUUACAAUUUUAUAAUGUCAGAGGGGUGUCAAUGACGUGAAUGGGAACUAUAGGGAGGAGAGGGGAUGGGAGGGGAGAGGGCUCUGGGUUUAGUGAGGUCCAAUCUUCCCAGAUAGUUGUAUAGUCCCAUUAUGUGCUUGAAGUACAGUGAGGGAAAAAAGUAUUUGAUCCCCUGCUGAUUUUGUACGUAUGCCCACUGACAAAGACAUGAUCAGUCUAUAAUUUUAAUGGUAGGUUUAUUUGAACAGUGAGAGACAGAAUAACAACAAAAAAUCCAGAGAAACGCAUGUCAAAAAUGUUAUACAUUGAUUUGCAUUUUAAUGAGGGAAAUAAGUAUUUGACCCCUCUGCAAAACAUGACUUAGUACUUGGUGGCAAAACCCUUGUUGGCAAUCACAGAGGUCAGACGUUUCUUGUAGUUGGCCACCAGGUUUGCACACAUCUCAGGAGGGAUUUUGUCCCACUCCUCUUUGCAGAUCUUCUCCAAGUCAUUAAGGUUUCGAGGCUGACGUUUGGCAACUCGAACCUUCAGCUCCCUCCACAUAUUUUCUAUGGGAUUAAAGUCUGGAGACUGGCUAGGCCACUCCAGGACCUUAAUGUGCUUCUUCUUGAGCCACUCCUUUGUUGCCUUGGCCGUGUGUUUUGGGUCAUUGUCAUUCUGGAAUACCCAUCCACGACCCAUUUUCAAUGCCCUGGCUGAGGGAAGGAGGUUCUCACCCAAGAUUUGACGGUACAUGGCCCCGUCCAUCGUCCCUUUGAUGUGGUGAAGUUGUCCUGUCCCCUUAGCAGAAAAACACCCCCAAAGCAUAAUGUUUCCACCUCCAUGUUUGACAGUGGGGAUGGUGUUCUUGGGGUCAUAGGCAGCAUUCCUCCUCCUCCAUACACGGCGAGUUGAGUUGAUGUCAAAGAGCUCCCUUUAAGAGUGUGCUCCUAAUCUCAGCUCGUUACCUGUAUAAAAGACACCUGGGAGCCAGAAAUCUUUCUGAUUGAGAGGGGGUCAAAUACUUAUUUCCCUGAUUACAAUGCAAAUCAAUUUAUAAAAUUUUUGACAUGCAUUUUUCUGGAUUUUGUUGUUGUUAUUCUGUCUCUCACUGUUCAAAUAAACCUACCAUUAAAAUUAUAGACUGAUCAUUUCUUUGUCAGUGGGCAAACGUACAAAAUCAGCAGGCGAUCAAAUACUUUUUUCCCUCACUGUAUGAUAGAUGGUUCCCAGUCAUGACUUUCUUACAGGCUGGAUGCAGAACCAGUGUGGAGUGUUUUACUGCUGUCUCCUGGUGUUUAAUACUGCCUCUCUCCCAUCUGGGAGGCUGUUGCUAUGCAUCAAAGGCCAUCUCAAAACAGCAGCAGCUCCAGACAAGGUCUUAAAUCAAUUCUACAGAGAUUCCAUUGCGGGGAAACUAGGCAGGUUAUGAAUAAGGGUGAUACUGUAGCUAAUACUCCACCAACUGCCGUUGUCUAGCAAUCUAUGUUGGAAUACUAGCAGAUACCCAUAGGCUUCCAGUCAUUGCGCUAUUGUUAGAUAGCAUUGGCUCUCGAAACUACUGUACCUCUAACUUCCUUCAUACUGGACAGAGGAAUACAAAUUGUAUCCACUAGUUCAUCUAACUCUAGGGAAGUAGAUAAAGGGCCUCAUUGCCAAAAUCCCGAAGUAUCCCUUUAAGCUCCUGGUAAUUGCAGCUUGGAAAAGCUAGGAUUGGAUUUAUAUGAGCUAUUGCUAAUCAAUAUUGAAAUGCUAAUUGGGUCGGUAGCUAAUUUAACUGUCAGUAUUAUUAUUAUUCUGCAGAUGUGUGUGAAUGAGUGAUAGUCUUGACGAAGAUCCAUACAGUAUCAAAAAUGUGCCCUUCCAUUUGUGAGUAUAUAAAUCGUGGGAGCAAAGAAGUGUUGCAGAUCUAUGUCCUUGGGUACAGUCCAGUGUCUCCUCUCACUGUGUCCCCAUCUCUCUCCCCAUCUCAGAGCCCUCAUUAUGCUCCCCCGCGCCCCGCUGGCCUGCCUCCUCCUGCUGCUCCUGUCGGGGGUGCUGGGGGGGCUGGUCCUGUCCAUCUGCCCCUCCGUGUGCUCCUGCAGCCGGGGCCACCGUGUGGUGGACUGCUCCUCACGGCACCUCUCACAGCUGCCCCCAGGCCUGCAGCACAACAUCCGCUUCCUCAACCUCUCACACAACAGGUAUGAAGACACUUCUUCUUCCUCAUCUUCCUCUUCAUCAUCCUCUACCUUCUCAUCCUCAUCAGGUUGGGUCCUACCUCUAAACGUCUGGGUUCUGAGAUUGAGCAAUAACCAUGACUAAUAGCCAGACAGAAUCAGCAGGGAGGAGAUCCUAAUAAUUACAUUCACAGCCUUUGCUGCAUAUUCAAAUCGAUGGAAGUCUACCAAUUCAUGUUAGGUCACAGUAUGUGGUUUGAUUUAAACUAACUAAUUCCACAGGCAUAAUUUAUUUAUCCUCUUCCGCAGAUGUUUUCUGUAUUUUCGCAUCUUUAGUGUUGUGACAAAUGGAACUUCUAAAAUGAGAAUUUCCCUCUCUCCCAACAGCCUUUGUGGUCUGGACGGCCAGCUCAGCCACUACGCCCACCUGCGUACCCUGGACCUGUCCUAUAACCUCCUGGGUCGCUUCCCCUCCGGCCUGCCCAGGGCCCUCUGGGACAUCCGGGCCGCCGGCAACCAGCUCCGAGCCCUGGACAAGAACGACACGGCCUACCAUUGGAACCUGCAGGUACUGGACCUGUCAGCCAACGAGCUGGAGAGGGUGGUCUUCAUCAACAACACCCUGCCCAGGCUACACGCCCUAAACUUGAGUCACAACCGGUUCUGGACUGUGCCCACCAACAUGCCUCAUAAUCUGGAGAUGGUGGAUUUGUCCCACAACUACCUGGUUCAGAUCCUCCUGGGGUCCUUGAACCGGCUGCCCAGGCUGAGGAGGUUCUACCUGCAUGCUAAUCGCUUCUCCUGGGUACCGGAGGGGGUGUUUGACCGGUUGGAGGGGCUCGAGUUCUUGACGCUUGGGGAUAACCCUUGGGCUUGUGAAGAGGAGGAAAACAUCACAAAGCUCUUGCUCUGGGCUGAACACACCCGUGCUGCCGUGUUGGGCUGCCCCUGCUACACUAAGCCAACAUGUGGGCAAUCCCAUUUGGCAACUCCAGGAGGGGAGUGGCACUUUGCGUCCUACACAGAGCCUCCACUGGGGGCUGAUGCCAGAGAGCUGGGCCGUGGGGGCCUCCCACCGGUUAGGGCUGCAGUCGUCACUUCUGGGUACUUGGCUAAGUCUGCGUUGUUGGAGCCUGGGACGCAUGGAGACAGGGGUGCAGCCAACAGCUCGAGGGACCAGAACUGGUUUGUGUUCACCUCCACCCCCUCGCACAGCCUCUCCACACGCACAAGCACAAUGGGGCACCCGCGCUCCACCGCCAAGAAGCCCAACACAGGAAGCACGCGGAGCAGAGGCCACGGACUCCACACACAGAUCCUGUAUUCUCUAGUCGCCUUGAACCUUCUAGUCAUGGUGACUGCCUUCAAAGCCUUCUAAACCCAUCCGUUGUCAGAGACUAGAGCCAAGUCUUGAAGGAUUUUGGAGACGGCUAACCCUAUGUACGUAUGACCCAGAAUGUUAAAAGGGAGAGGUUUGCUUUUGUUUUGAUUUUAAAGAACGUUCGACUGUUACUGCCUAAAUGUGUAUUCUCUCUCUUCCAACAAUUUGACCACCAUCUACAGAGUGUAGUUGUGCUGUAUGGCUAUACCUUUCAAACUUGUAUACAAAUAAUAUAUUUUGCAAAUGUAUUCACAUACAGUGCAUUCGGAAUGUAUUCAGACCCCUUCCCUUUUUUCACAUUUUGUUACGUUA